AUGAGGUGGAGAUCAGCUUCUGGAGUCAUGUGCGACAAGCGGAUCUCGCUAAAACUGAAAGGCAAGUUUUACAGAGUGGCUAUUAGACCGACUAUGUUAUACGGGUCGGAAUGUUGGCCGAUGACGAAAGCCCAAGCGUCUCAAGUAGAGGUGGCAGAGAUGAGGAUGCUAAGGUGGUCUUGUGGGAAGACCCUAUCAGACAGGAUCCCCACGGGAGUUUUUAGAGCCGAACUUGAAGUAGGGACCAUCAUUAACAAGCUAAGAGAAGGGCGCUUGAGAUGGUUUGGCCAUGUUAGGAGAAGGGAUCGAACAGCACCAUUAAGGAGAGCGGAGUCUAUUCACGUCGAAGGCAUACGAAGAAGGGGAAGGCCGAAGAUGAGAUGGGAGGACCGAUUGGCGAAGGACCUAAUAGAGCUUGGUAGGUUUGGGAUUUAUGCUGAAACACUUUUAAAUUUGUCUACGUUAUACAUGGUUGUUAUUAUAUGUGUUUUGAUGAGUGCUUUUAGUUACACUUUUAGGGCGUUUGACGCUACUUUUCUUUUAUGUUCUCGGGUGUUCUCAGUAGACGGUGUCUAG